AAAUAGAAAACAGCAACUUAUAUUCCUGGUCUAAUGCAAUCCGUGGCCAAGAACCAAGCUAGCAACAGACGGGGAAAUGAGCGUAUGUAGAGAAAAAGUUGAAGAAACGUAGCAAAAUUAAUAACACCAUUCCCAAACGCCCACAUUUUUCAUUCCCUCCCACCCCGUAUGGUAGCCAACCUCCCUCACCGACCGAUCUGCUCAUUCAGUAGACCAUCACUCACAAUUGCACUACUGGAACUAACCACCACCACCUCCACAGCAAACCCAUAUCAUCACUCAAUUUCAUACAUACCAUACCAUAUCCCGCACUCGCAAGCAAAAUUCUCAAUGAAAACGAAAAGCAAGACGCAAGACACAAAACAAAACAACAGACGUAAAAACCUAAUGAGAAUUUUUGAAGAAAAAAGCUAA